GGCUAUCGUUGUAUCUCAAUUAUGUUAGAUAACAUCAGUAUUUGUUAUCCUUACCGGCAUUAUGUACCUGUAUGUGGCUGGAUAUGGUGGUUAAUACUGGAAAAUGUGGCUUUUCAAACGAGCUAACACCGUGCCUAACUUACCCGUGACACCAACUAGGCUGUACGCGGCAGCAGAGAGCGGCAAUGUAGAGGAUUUCAUGCGCCUGUACCUGAGCGAGCCCUCGCGGCUGGCAGUCAGGGACGGUCGCGGUCGUACUGCAGCGCACCAAGCAGCAGCUAGAAACAACACCAACAUAUUGCACUUCAUCAAUAACUACGGAGGAGAUUUGAAUGCUAAAGACAAUUUUGGUAACACCCCAUUGCACAUCGCUGUCGAAAACGUUGCUUUGGACGCCAUCGAGUUUUUGCUUCAACAUCGCGUCGAUACCAGCAUUUUGAACGACAAGAGUCAAGGUGCUCUUCACUUAGCUACAGAGUUGAAUAGAGUUUCAGUCCUCCAAACCUUCGCGAAGUAUAAAGACCAAUUCAACGUCGAGCUUGGUGGCGAGCACGGUCGCACGGCGCUUCACUUCGCUGCUAUACACGACCAUGACAUCUGUGCUAAAAUAUUGAUAACAGACUUAGGCGCUGAAUGCAAGAGAGCUUGUAACAACGGGUACUAUCCCAUCCACGAGGCUGCUAAGAACGCUUCCUCGAGGACUAUGGAGGUAUUCCUCCAGUGGGGAGAGUCUAAAGGUUGCACCAGAGAAUCAAUGAUAUCCUUGUACGAUAAUGAGGGCAAUGUGCCCCUGCACUCUGCCGUACAUGGAGGAGACAUCAAAGCCGUCGAACUUUGUCUGAAAUCUGGAGCAAAGAUAUCAACUCAACAGUAUGAUCUGUCUACACCAGUCCAUCUGGCUUGCGCUCAGGGAGCUCUGGAGAUAGUGAAGCUCAUGUUCACCAUGCAGCCAACGGAGAAGCUUGCUUGCCUGACAUCUUGCGAUGUUCAGAAAAUGACUCCGGUGCACUGCGCCGCAAUGUUCGACCAUCCUGACAUUGUGAACUAUCUUAUCAGUGAGGGUUCUGACAUCAAUCCUCUGGAUAAGGAGCGUAGAUCACCGUUGCUGUUAGCUGCUUCUAGAGCUGGGUGGAGGACGGUACAGACUCUGAUUCGUCUGGGCGCUGACAUCGAGCUAAAGGAUAUAAAUUCCAGGAACGUGCUCCAUCUCGUUGUGAUGAACGGAGGCAGGCUUGAGGAGUUCGCAGCUACGUGCAAGUCCACGUUACAGAAUCGCUGUGACAAGAGCCUCGCACAGCUUCUGAACGAAAAGGACAGCGCUGGCUGCUCUCCCCUUCAUUACGCCAGCCGUGAAGGUCACAUCAGGUCCUUAGAGAACCUUAUCCGUCUUGGUGCUUGCAUCAACUUGAAGAACAAUAACAAUGAGAGUCCUCUGCACUUCGCUGCUAGAUACGGACGCUACCACACCGCUUGCCAGCUGCUUGACUCUGACAAAGGCACGUUCAUCAUCAACGAAAGCGAUGGAGAGGGGCUGACUCCUCUUCACAUCGCCUCUCGUGAAGGUCAUACGAGGGUCGUGCAUUUGUUACUGAACCGUGGAGCAUUGCUGCACAGAGAUCACAAUGGACGUAAUCCUUUGCACCUGGCUGCCAUGUCUGGGUACACCCAGACGAUCGAACUCCUGCAUUCCGUGCACUCUCAUCUCCUAGACCAGUCCGAUAAGGAUGGGAACACCCCCCUGCAUCUUGCUACAAUGGAAAACAAGCCAAACUCCAUAGCUCUUCUCCUGUCCAUGGGAUGCCGUCUUAGCUACAACAACUUGGACAUGAGUGCCAUCGACUACGCCAUCUAUUACAAGUUCCCAGAGGCAGCUCUCGCUAUGGUUACCCAUGAGCACCGGGCUAAGGAGGUGAUGGCGUUGCGCUCUGACCGUCAUCCCUGUGUGACUCUUGCCCUCAUUGCUUACAUGCCGCGAGUCUUCGAAGCUGUGCAGGACAAAUGCAUCACCAAGGCAAACUGCAAAAAGGACUCCAAAAGCUUUUACAUAAAGUAUAGCUUCGAUGCCCUGUGUCCACAACUAAAAAUGGAAGAUGGCAAUAACGUUCGUCGGAAAUCGGAGAACGUGCCAAAAUCCCAGAACAUUCCCUUACCUGCCCUAAAUGCAAUGGUUGCUCAUGGACGGGUGGAGUUAUUGGCCCAUCCACUGAGUCAGAAAUAUCUUCAAAUGAAAUGGCACAGCUACGGCAAAUACUUUCACUUGGCGAACUUACUUUUCUACUGCAUCUUCUUGAUCUUUGUAACUGUAUACACGUAUUUGCUGAUGGGAAACUCUGAAAAUUAUGGACCGACGAAGAAGGCCGCUAAAUGCAACUUAUCCGACCCUAUGAGCUUUGACCGUGAGAACAAAACUGAAAAGAAUAUUGUUUUUAAUCCUGAUUUUGAAUCGAAAGUGGCAAUGUAUACAAGUACCGUGGCUAUAUUAGCGUAUAAUGCCAUAUGUUUGAUACGAGAGGCAUACAACGUCAAACAGCAGAAAUGGCAUUAUCUGGUAGAUCCGUCCAACUUGGUAUCCUGGCUCCUGUAUAUAAGCUCAACUCUGAUGGUUAUCCCGACAAUCUGCAAAUAUUUUGAUGAGAUUCAGUUCUCGGCUGCGUCAAUAACUGUAUUUCUGUCAUGGUUUGAGCUGCUUCUGCUACUCCAACGUUUCGAUCAAGUUGGAAUCUACGUUGUCAUGUUCCUCGAAAUACUUCAGACCCUGAUAAAAGUUUUGAUGGUGUUUUCAAUCCUGAUCAUCGCAUUUGGAAUGGCGUUUUAUAUUCUCCUGUCUAAAGGACACCACUUGUCGUUUAAUAGCAUACCUAUGUCUCUGAUGAGGACCUUUGCUAUGAUGCUUGGAGAAUUGGACUUCGUUGGCACUUACGUUCAGCCCUAUUACAAAUCUGAGACAGAUAUUCUGCUGCCGUUCCCAAUGCCUACGUUUUUCAUACUUGGUAUAUUCAUGGUGCUGAUGCCCAUUUUGCUGAUGAACUUGCUGAUCGGUUUGGCUGUAGGAGACAUUGAGAGUGUGAGGCGAAAUGCCCAGUUGAAACGACUAGCCAUGCAGGUCGUUCUACACACUGAGCUCGAACGCAAACUACCAGCCAUACUUCUGGAGAAAGUGGACAAAGAUGAACUGAUUGAAUACCCAAACAACAAGAAAUGCAAGCUUGGCUUCUUGGAUCUGAUUCUUCGCAAAUGGUUCUGCAACCCAUUCACUGAUGAUGCUGGUCUCGACUUGGUGCUGGAGAGCAGUGAGGAUUACAUAACUGCUGAGCUGGAGAAACAGAAACGUAAAUUGCGUGACAUAUCAAUGGUAUUGGAGCAACAGCAUACGCUUGUCCGUUUGAUUGUUCAGAAAAUGGAAAUCAAGACCGAAGCCGAUGAUGUCGACGAAGGCGUUUCUCCAGGUGAUACUCGCGUGGUCCCUCGCUGGAGUUCUCCAAGGAUCCGCAAGAAGUUGCGCACUGCUUCUUCUUUCAACAAAGGUGGCUAGACUUCACGAUGAACCCCCAGCACUUUAGGUUUACAAAAGUUGUAAGGUCUAAGAUCUCACGAUAAGGUUUUUGCUCUUACUAAGACCAUAGUAAAAAAACAUGUGUUAAAAGCGACCUAAUAUACAAAUUGACUGAUCCUCACUUUUCCGCCUUCUUUUGUCAUUCGCUAUCGGCAAAAAGUUGAUUGCAAAAACCAUGUCGUCG